CUGUCUGAGGUGUUGUUGUGGUCAAAGGAACAGAAUGAGGAGAAGAGUCCAUACCUGACGGAGUUCACACAGCACUUCAACAACGUGUCCUUCUGGGUACGUUCUGUCAUCAUGCUUCAGGAUAAAGCUCAGGACAGAGAGAAGCUGCUGCUGAAGUUCAUGAAGACCAUGAAGCACCUGAGGAAGCUGAACAACUUUAACUCCUACCUGUCCAUCCUGUCAGCGUUAGACUCCGCCCCCCUGAGGCGCCUGGAGUGGGGGAGGGGCACCACCGAGGCUCUGGAGGAGUUCAGCUCUUUGAUUGACAGCUCGUCAUCGUUCAGAAUCUACAGAGCAGCUCUGGCUGAAGUGGCUCCUCCCUGUAUCCCUUACCUGGGUUUGAUCCUACAGGACUUGACUUUCGUCCACCUGGGGAACCCUGACACCUUGAUAACAUCACAGGGUUCAAAGGUGAACUUCUCUAAACGCUGGCAGCAGUUCAACAUCCUGGACACGCUGCGGAGCUACCAGAAAGUGACGUAUUCUCUGCAGCCUAAUGAUGACAUAAUUUCCUUCUUCAAUGACUUCAGCGAUCACCUGGCAGAAGAAGCAUUGUGGGAACUCUCGCUCAGGCUCCGCCCACGAAAUGCUCCACGAGCCAAUCAGAGAUGACGGACCUGUGCUAGCUGAAUGCUAACAUGUUGACAUUGAGGGUUGAAGUGAAUCAACAUGAACUGGCACUAAUCCUGGUCAGCCAAUCAUAGGCAGAGCGGGACUGUAGUAUAAUAAAUAAUAUCACUGUUAAUAUUUACUUGUGUUUUUGGAUGAUGUUUGAUAAUUGGCUGUUAGUGUGAUAGCAUGACAGCUGAUGAGGUUAGCCUGGAGCUAGCUGGGGUUAGCCAGGUGUUAGCACGAGCUAACCUUGAGUUAAUCUGACCUCAGAACAUUGUUCACAUAUUUUAAUAAACAUUAUUUCCAACAGCCA